CGAGUGCAGAGUCUUUUUGUACAUCAGACGAGAAAAUUCCUCUGGCUGAGCUCAGGUGUGUGUGCAGCCAUCCAGGAGUCGUGGGGACCUGCCGGGCUCCCGCAGCGUGAAAGGCAGGAGGGGUGUGUGUGUCUCAGUUCCUGUCUGGGUGAAUUCCAGGUGUGGUGGUAGUGGAGAGCUCUGUUUCCCAGAAAAACCUCUCUUUUCUGAAGAGGCUGGUGGCUGUUUGCCCAUCUCCCAGCUAUGUUUGGGCUUACGAGUCUCUUUUUUUCCCCCUCCUCUUUCGUGAAACCUAAACGUGCCUUUCUUUCCCAGCCCAGGACAUGGUGCAGGGUGAAGAGCACAGAUAAGGACCCUCCCAGCACUCACUCCAGAGCCUGUCCUGCCCAUCCCGAGGGCUCCAUGCGGCAGGACACGGGCUGAUGCCCUCAGCUCACCCUGCCAUGGAUGGGGGGAACAGCUUCCCGCAGCACCAGCAGCCAGGCGAUGCCCUGUGCAGCAUCCCCGGCCUCCGCCCCCAGCUCGCCCUGCCGGACAUGGAGAAUUCCAUGCUGGCCGCCAACCCAUGGAGUAGCUGCUACUCUGCCUCUUUCCCAACCUCGUCCUUCCCAAGUGAAAACCAGCAAUAUUUUAACCUCCCUCAGGAUUUUUAUAUGGAUUCCAUCAGCAGACCACAUUUCUUGGAUACAAACUAUGCAACUGUGGACCCCGCUGACUUCUUACCAAAAAAUGGGGAUUUUCCUCAGGAUUCUUCAUACCUCGAUGAGCUCUCCAACAACUCCCUGUUCUCGUCCCCCGCGGAUUCCCUCUCGGACAUCGCGGAUCCCAAGGACUUCCUGCCCGCCGACAGCCUCAGCCACGUGCCAACACUAUGGGAUGUGAACACACCGCAGAACCCCAUCGAGCUGUUCUCAUCCAGCACACCAUUCUCGGGCCUGAAUAGCUCCCAUGACCACGUUCCUGCUGUCCCCAACACCCCUCUCCUCAUCAGCUACCAGUCUCAGGCUCCUGCAGAGGAGGAGGAUGAGGGUGAGGAGGAAGAAACGGAAGAGUUGGGGCAAACGGAGACCUAUGCAGAAUACAUCCCUUCAAAGUCCAAGAUUGGGAAGCACCACCCUGACCUGGUGGUUGAGACAAGUACCCUGUCCAGUGUUCCCCCCCCUGACAUCACCUACAGCCUGUCCCUGCCAUGCUCCGUGGCUGACAAGGGCUCCCUCUCUGCACUACAGCUGGAAGCAAUCAUCUAUGCCUGCCAGCAACAUGAAGUUUUAUUGCCCAAUGGGCAGCGAGCUGGGUUCCUCAUUGGGGACGGUGCCGGAGUGGGAAAGGGCAGGACCGUUGCGGGCAUCAUCUUUGAAAAUUAUCUUAAAGGGAGGAAAAAAGCUCUGUGGUUCAGUGUCUCCAAUGAUCUCAAGUACGAUGCUGAGAGAGACCUGAAGGACAUCGAGGCCUCCCACAUUCCUGUGCAUGCUCUGAACAAGAUUAAAUACGGUGACACAGCUACCUCAGAAGGAGUCCUCUUUGCCACCUACUCGGCGCUGAUCGGCGAAAGCCAGGCCGGGGGACAGCACAGGACGCGCUUAAAACAGAUCUUGGACUGGUGCAGGGAAAACUUUGAUGGAGUCAUCGUGUUUGAUGAAUGCCACAAAGCCAAAAACGCCAGCUCUACCAAAAUGGGCAAAGCAGUGCUGGACCUGCAGAACAAGCUGCCUCAAGCAAGGGUUGUCUAUGCCAGUGCCACAGGUGCCUCAGAGCCAAAAAACAUGAUUUACAUGAGCCGCCUGGGGAUCUGGGGGGAGGGAACCCCGUUCCGAGCCUUCGAUGAGUUCCUGCACGCGAUUGAGAAGAGGGGAGUCGGGGCGAUGGAGAUCGUGGCGAUGGACAUGAAGGUCAGUGGGAUGUACAUUGCCCGGCAGCUCAGCUUCACUGGGGUGACCUUCAGGAUCGAGGAGAUCCCGCUGGACGAGCAGUACAAGGCUGUCUAUGACAAGGCAGCCAAGCUGUGGGCAGAGGCCUUGAUGGUGUUCCAGCAGGCAGCUGACUGCAUCGGGCUGGAGUCGCGGAAGUCGCUGUGGGGUCAGUUCUGGUCAGCUCACCAGCGCUUCUUCAAGUACCUGUGCAUCGCUGCCAAGGUGCGGCGGCUCGUGGAGCUGGCCCGGGAGGAGCUGGCCAGGGACAAGUGCAUCGUCAUCGGCCUGCAGUCCACGGGGGAGGCUCGCACCAGGGAGGUCCUGGACGAGAAUGAUGGGCAUCUCAACCGUUUUGUCUCUGCUGCAGAAGGCGUCUUUCUAUCACUAAUUCAGAAGCACUUUCCUUCAACCAAAAGAAAGAGAGAAAAAGGAACUGGCAUUAAAAGAAAACGGCGGCCGCGGGGCCGGUGGCCCAAGGCUCUGCGGGGCCUGUGUGACCCAGGGGUCAUCAAGAUCAGCGACGACAGCAGCACCGAGUCCGACGACUCGCCCAGCGACAUCAACUCCUCCCCGGAGUCCCUGGUGGAGACGGACGACGUCAUCUUCGUGGAGCAAACGUACACCGGCUGUGCCACCGAGGGUAGCUUUCACAUGCUGCCUUCCCAGAAAGAGCUGCACGGCCUGAGAGAGCUGGAGAUCGUGGAAAAGAUGAAGCAGGACCUCCUGGCAAAAGUGCAAGCACUGGGCAAAGAGCUACCUCUCAACACCUUGGAUGAACUGAUUGAUUACUUUGGGGGCCCAGAGAACGUGGCUGAGAUGACGGGCAGGAAGGGCCGCGUCGUCCGCAGGCCCGACGGCUCCGUGGUGUUCGAGUCCCGGGCGGAGCAGGGGCUCUCCAUAGACCACGUCAACCUGAAGGAGAAGGAGCGCUUCAUGAACGGGGACAAGCUCGUAGCGAUAAUCUCGGAGGCCUCCAGCUCAGGGAUCUCCCUCCAAGCAGACAGACGGGUGAAGAACCAGAAGCGCCGGGUCCACAUGACCCUGGAGCUGCCCUGGAGCGCGGACCGGGCCAUCCAGCAGUUCGGCCGAACGCACCGGUCGAACCAGGUCUCUGCUCCAGAGUACGUGUUCCUGAUCUCAGAGCUGGCAGGGGAGAGGAGGUUUGCAUCCAUCGUGGCCAAACGCCUGGAGAGCCUGGGUGCCUUAACUCACGGGGACCGACGGGCCACCGAGUCCCGGGACCUCAGCAAGUACAACUUCGAGAACAAGUAUGGGGCCAAAGCCCUGGACAGGGUCCUGUCCACGAUCCUCAGCCACAUGGAGAACAGAGUUCCUGUGCCCAAGAGCUACGAGAGACGGGAGGCCGACUUUUUCCGUGAAAUGAAGCAAGGGCUCAUCUCCGUGGGGAUCUGCUGCAGUCAGAUGAAGUACGGCACUGUCUCGGUGGAGAAGGACUGCUCCAUCACCAAAUUCCUGAACCGCAUCCUGGGCCUGGAGGUGGACAAGCAGAACAUGCUCUUCCAGUAUUUUUCUGACACCUUUGACUAUCUGAUUGAGAAGGACAAGAAGGAGGGCAAAUACGACAUGGGCAUCCUUGAUUUAGCGCCAGGAGUGGAUGAGAUCUAUGAGGAGAGCAAGGAGGUCUUCCUGACCCCGGGGCACCCGCAGGACGGGCAGGUCGUGUUCUACAAGAUCAGUGUUGACAGAGGCUUAAAGUGGGAAGAAGCUUAUGAGAAGUCGCUCAAACUGACAGGAGCCAACGAAGGGUUCUACCUCUCCUACAAGAUGCGAGGCAGCAAAUACACCUGUCUGCUGGCAGAGCAGAGCCGUGGGAAGAACUUCAUCCUCUACAAGCCAAAUAUUGGGAAGCAAAGCCAGCCCGAGAGCCUGGACAGUCUGCAGAAGAAGUACCGGCGGGUGAUGCCCGAGGAAGCCAAGGAGCACUGGGAGAGCAGCUACCACUUCUCCUUGAAGAACUGUAACCACGCCGUGUGGAACAAGAGCUGCAAGCUGAUCCAGGAGGGGAAGGAGUGCUUCCAGGGCAUGCGCCUGCGGCACUACUACAUGCUGUGCGGGGCCCUGCUGCGGGUGUGGAGCAGGAUCGCCGGCAUCAUGGCCGACAUCACCGCCAGCAGCUACCUGCAGAUCGUCCGCCUCAAGACCAAGGAGAAGAAGAAGCAAGUUGGGAUAAAGAUCCCCGAGAGCUGCGUCCACAGGGUGCGGGAGGAGCUGAAGCAGAUGGACCAGGACGUGAAGCGGAAGCACAGCCGGCUGCUCCAGGCCCGGGAGCAGGGCCCACCCUUUUCCCUGCCCCUGCACCUCCUGCCAGGGCCCAGGCUACCCCUGUCCUUGCCCUCCCUGUGCCAGGACGAGAUCCUGGACUUGACCUGCAGCCCUCCCAGCAGCAGCAUUCCCGACGUGGUGAUGAACCCGGAGCCCGGAGCACUGUGCUUCCCCUCGGAGCCCCCCCUGCAGCCCCACCAGCAGCACCAGUUGCCCUUUUGCUUUGGCCUGGAGGAUGGUGUGGCCCCCGGCCCCUCACGGCACGAGCCCCCAGCGCCGCCCCCCCCGCCGCCCCUGCAGCAGCCACAGGAGGAUUUUCUCCAGCAAGAUGGGAGUAUCAAUUUUAGAGAGAUCCUGGAGGACAUGCUGAGGACGUUCCCCCAGGAGAACCUGCUCCCCCAGGAGCGCCAGAGCGUGAUCCAGUUCAGCGGGCCACACCUGGAUUUCUGAGUGCCAGCCGGGAAUGCCAGCGGAGCUCGACCGCUGUGGAUCUGCAUCCUCUGGGGCACAGGUGAGAGCUGAGGAGCCCUGAAUGUCCUACCCGUUUGGACUGACCCUUUUGUGGUUUGGAGGGAGGAAACAGGUUUGGUGGAAUGUGCCUGGGGGAAACCGAGCGGGUCCCGCUGGGCCGAGGGGCUCUGCUGUGUCCAGUCCUGCUCACAGGUCAGUGCCUGUGUGGGACUGAGGGGAGACCCCCCUCCUCUGCCCACCCCCACAGACUACUGAGUGUCCGAGCCAGGCCAGGCCUUGCCCAGCCCUCCAGCCCAGCUCUGCAGGGCCACAGCCGGGCUCUGGAGCCGCCCGGUGACUGGUGCUGGUCCAUUAGGGAAGGGUGGGAGCCCAGGCCCCCAGUUUGGGCUGCCCCAGCAUGUGCUGGAGGGCUGGGAUGAAGGGCAAGGGAAUGCUGUCCCAGCAGAGUUGGGAGCUGCUGAGCUCAGCUGUCCUCUGGUAGGGCUGAGCCGGUGUACUGAGAGACCCAAAACUGUCUGCACUGCCCUUCCCUUCCUGGGAAGGAUCCUUGGGCUGCUGAGCUCCAUGGGAGAGGCUGGAGCUGGAUGCACCCCCACAGUGACAGAGCUCGAGUCUGUCAGAGCUCAGCCAGGCCAGGACCAGCGGGAUUCCCCGGAGCAGAAGGGCCACAUGUCCCCUGUCCUGCACUUUAACCUCACCGGGUCACCGUGACUUUGGCCAGUUUCCUGCUGUCACAUGUUGUCCCUUCACCUGGCUGUCCUGCUGGUCCUGCACUGUCCUUGACUGGGCCAUGGACCCCGGCCCGAGGGUCUGGGACUGGGCAGCCCAGCCCUGGCCACUGCUGACCUUGGGAACAGCCACUCCCAGGCCCUGAAAGGGAAGAGCUCCCUAGUGAGUGCUGAGUGUGCAGCCUGGGAGUCACUGCUCAGGGUGUGCAGUGUCAGGGUCACUGCUCAGGGAUGUGCACUGUGAGAGUCACUGCCCGGGGUGUGCAGGGUCACUGCUCAGGGUGUGCAGGGUCAGUGUCACUGCUCAGGGUGUGCAGUGUCUGUGUCACUGCCUGGGAUGCACAGUUUGGCUGCUUCUGCUGCAACCUCGCUCUCGGAUACCAAAGAGCAAAGGCUGUUUUGCAAGCACUGCCCCACCCCCUGUCCCACAGCUGGACCAGCUGCCUCCUCCUGGGACAGAGUUGGCCCUUGGCCACCUCCAGCACCUCCCCUGAGCUGCUCCUCUGCCAGCCUCCCCUUUGCUGGGUUUCCUUUCUCUGCUGUCACUCAUCGAGGUGUUUCCUAAAAGUGGCACUGGGAUGUUUCCAGGGAAGGACCUGGGACCUUCCCUGGGGUCCAGCCAGGAAGGCCUGGGCUGGGGUCCCCCGUGCCUGAGAGGUCAGCGUUGCAAGUGCCUGGCAGUGUCCCCUGCUCUGGGCAGAGUGCUGGGACCUGCUGUGUCCCCCCAGGGCUCUGUGAGGUGUUGGGAGUUGCUCUGGGUCUGUGUCUGGAGCGUUGUGCUGUGCCCGAGGCUGGAGCUGCCUUCCCUGACACCCCGAGGUCACGGACCUGCCCCGGUGCCACACGUGUGGGCUCAGUUUGGGGUUACUCUGGUCCCUGUCUUUCCCCCCUCCCCAGCUGGCAGCUGCCUCCCACCACCCGUUGGGCUGGAGUCAGUCCCUGCUGUCAGGGGCACAUCUCACUGCACCCAAGGAAACCUCCUUUACCUCAAAGUGAUCACCAAAGAUGGGGGAGCCCCCCCUGCCCUGCUGCUGCCCCAGGGGGCUCCUGCUCUCCCCCAGCUCUGCUCCUCUCACCCGCAGCAGCGUCCCAGGGGCCGGGCAGAGCCAGGCUGCCCCUCCCCAGACCCUCCCCUAUUUAAAGCACGUCCCAGCCCUCCCCAUGGCAGAGAGGCCCCGGCUGCACCCUCCUGCAUCUGGCUCGGGGCUGAAUUCUCAGCAAGGAGGGAAAAAGACGCCAGGAAAACGCAGCUCAGAGAGGCUGAAACUCAGGAAUAACGAGGGGGAACUCCCCGCUGGGCACCCUCUGCCAUCACCGGAGCCUUACCUGGUGGCUUUGACCUUAACCUUAAAAUAUAUGCAAUCCUCCCUCCCUGGUCUCUGGGAAGACAGAGAGCACCUUCAAGGAAUCCCUUCCCUGCCCCAAUCCUGUGUUUUGUCAGGGUUAAUAAUAUGUAACAUUAUCUUUUAACUAAAUUAUUCUGCCGUUGUCCUACUGAUUGUAUUUUUAAUGAGUCCCUGUUUUCUUCCCUGAUACCUUUUUGUUGGCACUUUUUAAUCUGCUUGUUGUUUGCCUUUGGUUUCUAUGUGUAUUUAUAAUUGAUGGAGUUGUACAUAUGUAAAGAGAUUUUUUUAGAAUAUGUGCCUUGGACUAAUCAUUCCUGAAUUUUCUACUUGCCUCAGAAGGAUAAUUUUUCAUUCUGCUCAGUAAAAAUGGAAC